AUGUUGACAGUGGAUGCACUAAAGAAUAUUAUUAGAAGUUUAAAUUCGCAUUUAAAAUUAAAACUCAGAUUAUCUGGCAAUAAAUCUGAUUUCAUUGAUAGAAUUGAGGACACUGUUGAUCAUUAUAAGUUUAAUAAUAAAGCCAAUUGGGAUAUUACAAGGGAUAUUAUAACCCAGAUUUUCAACACUGGUACUUAUUCACGGCCUGCUAAUGGUUCUGGUCCGAGGCAGCAACCACAGCAGCCACAGCAACCACAGCCACCAGUACAACCACAACCAAAACCACCUACACACCCUUCCCUCACCUGGAAAACAAACCCCUUUCAAUCCAUUAUCAAGCAAAUUUCCCACGUCGCUGUCCUCAACGAAGCCAGAGACAGAUCCCUUAGAAGUGCCCUAUUGGAGUUUAAAAUCCCACCCGACUACUCCCAGCAACUUUAUCAAUCUAGAAUUGUCCCCUCAAACCCCGUCCGUCAUCAACUCAGAAUCUACGCGGCUUCCUCUGACUUUUACAAGCCCCCCCUCUUCGAUCAACCCCUCCCAAUCGAUUUUCCCGUUCUUUGCGACCUUAAAAUUAACGGAAACCCUCUCAAAUCAAACACAAGAGGCGUUAGGAAUCAACCUGGCACCGCUGCUCCUCCCAACGCUGAUUCUGAUAAAUCCCUUCGCAUCUCUCCAAACGCUUCAAACACCCUUGAAGUCGUUUAUAGAGAUACUAACAAGAAACAUUACAUUGUCAUUAACCUCGUCGAGCAAUACAGUUGUGAUCAUUUGGUUAACUUGGUUAAACAGCAACCUCAAAUUCCUUCUUCUGAUGUCUUAGAUAAGUACCGUUCAAUGCAAGAUAACGACGAUGUCGUCGCAGGUGCUUCCACACUCAGCUUGAAAUGUCCCAUCGGUUUCUUCAGAAUGAACACUCCAAUACGUCCAACCUCCUCUCAAUCUCUUCAAUGUUUCGAUGCCAUGUCCUUCUUUUCUAUCAACGAGCAACUACCAACUUUCACCGACCCUUCAUCAAAGAAACCAAUCAAGUUCAACGAUCUUGCAGUCGAUCAAUACACGUACGACAUACUCCAAGCCAUCCCACAAGAUUACGGUAGUGUGAUUGUUGAACCAGACGCUGAAUGGCACACUGAAGAUGGCAAAUACGGUUCAGAUGCAUGGAUGGCUGCAAAAUUGGCUAAUAACACAUCUCAUCCUUCUCACGACAAGCAGUCAACUGACAAGUCAGAAAGUUUAAUCAAAUCGGGUAAAAAGGUUAAAAAGGAAAAAUCUGCUGAAAUUCUUAACCUUUCCAGUGACGAUGAGGAGACUGAUCAUAGUGCUGUUGCCGCUGGUUCGUCUAAUCAACCACCUUCAAUCACUCCCCAGUCACGUCAAAAGCUGCCAAAACAACAGGUCAUUGAUUUGACACUGUCGUCAGAUGAUGAGGGUGAUCAAAGGGUGAAUCCAAACAAUACUGGUGAUGAAACUCGAGAUACUACAAACACCCAAGAUACAACCAACACUCAACAUACUCCCAAAGCCCAAGAUCCUGCUCAAGAAACAACCGCUCACAACUCCCUCAAGAGGAAUAGAGAAGAGGAAGAGGAGAGUGCGAAUGAGUGUGAAAAGAGGAGGCUGAUUGAAAAUGGUAAUGCGGUUAGUGUGACUGAGAAUGGUAAUGGUGGUGUUGGUGGUGGUACUAAUGCAGUUACACCAAAUCCAUCGAGCAAUUUGCAGUCGCCAGCAGUAAUUGAAAGACCACCUAGUGCAACACAAGAUAUCCCACCAGCAAUACAGCAAGCACAAGAAGAAAUGCCAUCACAGAGCAAUACGCAUAUACAAAAUGAGGUGCCUCUCAAUCAACCAGAAAGGUCACCAAGUGUGCAAAAGUAUAGAUCCCAGAGCGAUGUGCAAGAUACGCCACAUUACAAUAACAGUCCCAGUAAUAUUCACAGUCUUAAUAAUCUGCCAGAAAGGCCACUGGGCAAUCCACCUGUCAGACACGUAUCAGCACCACAAACUUCCUCUAUUUCGUCGCUGGUAUUGCCAAAUUCUGGCCCACCAGGAGCAGCACCAGCAGCACCAUCACCGCCACGACCAUUGACACCACAACUCCAAUCUAGGAACUCGAGUAUUGCGACUAUGACAAGGCCGUCAAUUAGCUACCAGCAACCCCAACCAUAUAGACCAUACUCAAUUGCUGGUUUGGCACAUACGCAGCAUCCACCGCUGGAUAUGACAGCCCAGACGGCACAAGAGCCAAUACAUCAACCUAUACAUCAGCCUCGAUUCGGCGGUUUACAACCCAUACUAAAUACUCAAGUUCCGCAAGUAUCGCAAGUACCACAAGUGCCGCAAGCACCCCAAUCUCCGCAAGUACCACAAGCUCCGCAAGCUCACCACGGACUUCCCCUGCCUAGACCGACAUACGCUAAACCUCCUACGAAUCCAAUCUACAGACCACCGUCGCAACGCAACGGCAAUGGCAGCGCUAGCAACUACAAGACGUGGUAG